AUGGACCCCAACUUCUUCAUCGAGACCGACCGCCUCUACAUCUCCUACUUCCAGCACGACAACGACGCCCACUGCGACUUCCUCCUCAACCUCUACACCACCCCCGAGUUCAUCGCCUCCGCCGGAAACACCGGCCUCAAGAAGCGCCAGGACGCGCGGCGCCGCAUCAAGAACUCGUUCAGCAAGUGGCGCGCGACCCACGGCUACUGCCCGUACCUCGUCAGCCGCAAGCCCGCCGGCCCCACGGCGACGGACGCGGUCGGCCCCGAGGCGCCGUUCCAGGCGCGGCUCGCGCGGUGCACGCCCGUCGGGAGCGUGUGGUUCAUGCGCGGGACGCACCCGACGGCGUACGCGGUCCCGGACCUCGGCUUCGCGAUCCUGCCUGAGGAGACGCGCAAGGGGUACGCGAAGGAGGCCGCGGGCGGGGCGAUGAAGCACCUGAAGGAGGGCUUGGGCAUCGACGUCGCGCUGGGGUUUACGGACCCGGCGAACGUGGCGGCGAAAGCGGUGUUCAAGAGCAUGGGGUGGGUGGACCGUGGGGAGAUGGCGCUGCGAGAGUUCGGAGGGGAGGUGUCGUCUGUGUGGGUGCCGCCGAAUGCGGCGGAGGACCUGUCGGUGUAUGGCUUGCCAUGA